AAUUACAAUUAUAACCGUUAAAAUGUGAGAAAUAACUUUUUCUUUAAGGACAGUUUUGAUACGGCAAAAUGGUUAACGUAAAGUGUUAUUUUAUCAAUAUGGAAUAAUUUACUGUUCAGAUACCAGUCUGGUUUGAACAAGUAUAUAAUAAUCAUUUACACAUUCCUUAUAUUAUUAAAAAUAUAACGAAUAAUAUACUUAUUGUUAGUAUGGAGUCUUCCAAUAACCAAAGUACGAUGUCGUGGAGUAGUGCAGGCCGAUCACGCGGAAGAGCAAAAUCAAUUGACACUCAGUUAAGAAGGCCUGGAACAAAUUCAUGCAGCAAAUACAAUCAAUAUGUAUGCACUGAAAUUAUUACUGGAAUUAAAAAGCUUGCUAUCAAUGAGUGCAUACUACCCGAACAAAUAAAUGACAUAGUUAAUCUUGUUCCUACUACUAAGGAUGAAGAUACAUUAAAGAAUCUUUUCAAUACGCUGUAUAAACACGCUUUGGAGGAUAGAAGUUUCGGCAUAAAGUUAGCAACUUUAUUCAGCGAUGUAGCAUUCUUUUCUAUUGAAGUUAAUGAAAAUCAAACUAUGCGAUAUCUAUUACUGAGUGCACUGCAAAAUGAUUACAAAAGAAGGGAAGAAAUUAAAGAAGAAAGUAUUACAUUGUUUCGGAACGUUAUCUCAUUACUCGGAGAAGUAUAUUAUCAAAUGACAUUAAUAUCGGGUAAACCUCUAAAAUUUUUAGAAAUACCAUUGCUCGAUUUUUGGAACAUGUUACUAGAAACUGCAACCGAGGAAGAUAUUGAACUUGUCACAACACAGAUUAUUAUUACUGGUAGAGGCAUGUAUGGAAGACCAGAAUUAGAUCAAUUUAUGUUAAAUAUAAGAAAAACUCUUACGAAUAAUACUCUAUCAAGCACAGCUAAAGAAAUGUUGUUAUUAACAAUUGAUUUAGCUAAUCAACAAUUUCAUUUAUUGCCGAAGAUUUUAAACGAUUAUUACAACUCUCGCCUUGAUCCAGCAAUUCUGAUAUAUUUACAUAGACAUAACAGAGAACUCAAUAGUAAUGAAACUGAUGAAGGUAGUUAUAGAGAGAUCGAAUCUACAAAAACUUUGAUGCAAAAGAAGAAUAAUGUAGAUCAAGAUUUUGAGACAUGUAGUACUUCAAUGCUACAACCUAAACAACAAGAAACUGCUGAAAAUUCAGAAGAAAAAGAUUAUUUGGUAAUGGAUACUUAUAAAAAGAAUUUAAGAACUGAGAAUACUAUUCCAAGAGCAAUACGUGGACCUGGAGCAAAUAAAAAUUUCCAAAAUAGAUCUAAACCUAUAACAAAUCCAAUACCACCUAAAUCCAUGAGUAGGAACAAAGGAUGGGAACAUGAUGAUCGAUUUGAAGAUGCUUAUGAUUAACUUAUAAAUAAUAAACAGUACUAAAACACAAACAAUUACAAUUAUAAUUGUGUAAAAAAGAAAAGACGUAUCAAUAAUUGCAAAAUAAUUGUAAUAGAAAUUUAUUGCAUUUUUAAUAUACCCAUAAAUUCGUUUAUCCUACAAAAGGAAGUUAUAAACUGGAAAGUUCUUAUUUAUAAUUUUUUCUUAGAAAAUAAUGUUUAACGUAUGUAUAACAAAUAUGUUUAACUCCAAAAAUUGUCAUAUUUUCUUUUAAUUCAAAAAACUGAACAGAACUUUUCAAUAGACAUAAUACUAGAUAAAGAAAGCAAAAUAGCAAAGUGACCGGUGGACAAUAACAUUGUUUUUUAUUUAUGAAAAUUUAAAAAAUGUUUACAUAGGCAUAUUACGAUGAACCGUAUUAAAACAUGGCAAACAAUAAUAAGGGUUGUCAGUACAAUUUC